UUGUCUCCACAUUCACAGGAAUUCCUGGUAAUAGUCUUUGUUCUUAUUAAGAAAUAUCCAGUUUGUGUGUAAACUAAAGGCACAAACGAAGUGGGGAAAAACAAGUCUUUUUUGACCCUGAAGAGGAAGAGCAGCUGAAGGCGGACAUGGCUGCCAAAAGGACGCCGGUUCCAAAACUAAGGGCCGACCCGGUGGUGCCGGUCAAACCUAUGCCCCCCGUCACCAACACCAAAAAAAUGAUGAAGAAAAAGGAACGCGAGGGGGACCAACAGCUGAUGAGGGCCAUCCUGGCAAAGAAGAAGAGGCCAUUUGUAAAUAAAUCGGUCAGGGACACCACCUCUACUUUAAAAAAAAAGAGCUUCCCCCCUGCAGAAGCACAGCCACACACAUCUACGACUGUGGUCAGGGACACCACAUCUCCAUUUAAAAAAAGGUGCUUCCCCCCUGCAGAAGCACAGCCACACACAUCUACGACUGUGGAUUUUUUGGUCACCUCGGAGGAUGAGGAUGUUUUGGUCACCCUGGAGGAUGAGUUUUCAGAUAGAUACGAGGAGGCUCUUAAGGCCAAUAAAGCCUUAAAACUGGAAAAUGCACGCCUUCGGCAGAGGUGCAGUGAGCUGGAGAGGAAACUCGCCAAGAAGGACGAAGAGACGUGCAGGCUGUACAGUGCCAUUCGGGACGUACAUGCCUGCACGUCUCAAAUCUUAGGAGGAGGUAGUGAGGCCUCAACACCACGUCCUACUCCUCGGCCACAUGCCCCUCAGCCAUCGGAGGCUCUUCCCCCAGCUGCAGAGGAUGGCAAGGUUAAUAUUGGUGCAGUCUUGCUCAAAGCGGGAGUCUGGGACUGGCUCAAGGCCUCAAAGUCAGACUCCCGCUUCUGCAAGGACCUGGCGGUGGCAGUGUGGGGGUCUGAGGUGCUCAGAGGCAGGUCCACAGAGGGGAGGGUGUGCAACCGCCUGAAAACGGCCGGGGCGGUUGCCAAACCUCCCCUCACCCCCAACAAAUACAAAGCCGUGAAAGAGACAUUCCGAAAAUGGCUCGUGGAGCAUGGGGCCAAGGAGCCAGAGCUGGGGGCCAGGUCCAAAAAAAUAGGGGGGUACAUCUCAGAGAAAAUAAUGGACCUCAAUCGUAAAAAAUAAACUUGGUCCUGCUGAGACCCUGCCGUGCAGCGUGUGUGUCUGUCUGUGUGUGUUUGAACUUUGAAGGCAAU